AUGAUGGGAAAGACUUGUCUGUUGGGAGAGCGCGUGUUCGAGGAACACGAGAAGGUGGCCGAUUGCAUUUUGUCUUGGCCAACUCGAAGUCAGAAUAUGAUUUUCUUCGAAGAACGUGAUGAUCAUUUCGGGUUGAUCGAAUCUCCUGGUACCUGGUUGGGAGACGAAUUCGUGACCAAGUACCGAUAUGCCAGUGCAGACGCAAUGCAGAUGAUGCUUAACAAUAUUGAACAAGCCGGAUUUCCCGAGUGGCGAGAUUAUCUGUAUAUUCGUAAGCCGGGUGACAAAACAUGGUCACGGCGUUUAUGCGUGCUACGCAGCUCCGGUUUGUAUACAUCAAAGAAGAACCGGAAGGUGUUGAAUCCUUAUUCAGCACAAGAUCCUGCUUCAACCCACGUCUUCUGUUUUUGUGCCACUGAUGAGACCGCGCUACGCAAUUGGGUUGCCCGACUCCGGAUAGCCAAGUACGGACGCCAAUUGUUUUUGGAUUAUCAAUCAGCCUUGGCACGUGUUCAACGCCAAUUAGCCCUACGUCAUGGACCGGUGGGCAUGAAUUUCGGUUUAAAUGGUUCCCUUAGUGCUGGCAUUCAUCGUAAAUCUUCCUUUGAUUUUCUAAGCACCUCAUCCAAUCCGACCUUAUCGACCGCAGAAAGUACCACAAGCCUUGUGGCAACAACCAAUUCGCCUUGUGCAUACAAACGUUACACUGGCGUCCCAGCCCAAGCUAUCGGUUCUGACAGCCGAUAUCAUGGCGAAGAACGUGUUUCGUACAAUCAGUACCGAACUAAUUCUGUGCCUCAACAAAGUAGCACGGGAUUUGAACGUGUCGCGAUUUCACCGAUGAGCACCGCGACUCCGCACGCCCAUGUCGGGUUGCGUCCCCAAACUCCGCAAAUUCGUUCAGAUCCACAACAGACUCCUAUUGUCAUUCGAGGAGGCGCUCGCCUAGAAGGAGCACCAACUGCCACAAGAAUUCCGCAUUUCCCAGGAGCCAACGCGCAACAGGGUCUGAGACGUACAUAG